GAGUUGCUGUUGUGCAGGGGCUGAUAUCAUGGAGCAGGAUUUACUUUAGUGAGGCUCUGGUGCCUGCAAAGUCCUCCCUCUUGGCAGGAUGGCCCAAAGCAUGGUGACUGUGAAUGGGGUCAAUGUGGCCUAUGUGCUGUCCCAGCCCACCCACUUCAACAUCCACAUCCACCAGGAAUCGUUUUUGACACAACUGCUAAAAGCUGGGGGCUCCCUGAAGGAGUUCUUCAUUGGCCCUCAGGAAACUGGCACUCCCACGCCCAGGAUAAACUAUGGGCCACUGGCAAGAGGGAUAAGAGUGACCCAGAUAUUGCUGUGAGCUGUGAGCUGUGCCUUUGGAGUGUUUCUGUACUUUGGGCCCUGGACUGAGCUGCGUGGCUCAGGCUGCGCCUUCUGGGCAGGGUCUGCAGCUAUUAUAGCAGGAGUUGGGACCAUUGUCCAUGAGAAGCAGCAGAGCAUUCUAUCAGGCUGGAUGUCAGGCCUGCUAACCCUAGCUGGCAUUGGCACGGCCAUGGCUGCCGUUGUCCUCUGUGUGAAAAGAAUAGCUUGGGAAAGUGACGACCUCUUCAGCUCCCUGUGUGAUUGCCCAGCCUCUGCCAACACAACCACUGGUUACAAAUGGCAGAGAAGCUACUCAGAUUGGCUGGAGGAUAUGUGUAAGAACUCUAUGCAGUUACUGAAGAACUUGUUCCUAGGAAUUCGUAUUCUGCUCCUGGCUGUCUGUGCCCUACAGGCCAUUGUAUCCUUGGCUUCCCUGGGUUUGGGCCUUCUAAGCUUGUGUGGCCAGAGCUCCCAGCCCAUGGGUGAGGAAGAAUCUGAAGAAUCUGAGAAGAAGCUACUGGGGGAGAAUUCAGUGCUGUCCUCCCCCUCCGAGAAGACCACGCCUGCCAUCGUCCAAUGAGUGACCAGAGACCCUGCCUGGACCCCCGCUGUCCCUCCAGAGUAUCUCCGGGCACUCUCCCAGGGCCCCUCACUGCUCUGUUUAUCAUACUUGUCUCUCCUUUGUCCACUGUCUAGCCCCUCUUCCUUCCCUCACCAUCCUCACCCCAGGGCCCUUGAUUCAGUGAAGGCUGAUUAAACAGGAACAAUAAUAACAAAUACUUUAAAACA